CCCCUUUGUUGUGUCCCAGCAGACGGGAUUUCGGGUCGUCGAAACCACGAACUGGAGCAGGACCGCGAGCGCGUUUCUUCACUGCGGAAGGAGCGGCGGUGGUGCGCAGCGGACGGGCCGCGGGAUCCUGCUGAGGGAUUGACGGACUGACGGAGGGACCGAUCGCUCGUUUCCAUCCAUGCAUCGCAGACAAGUCGCGUCGCCGUGCAAAUGGACGCCAGCGAUUUGUUUACGAGCUGCAGGAAAGGGGACAUUUCUAGAGUGAGGUAUCUCGUCGAGCAGAGGGAUGUGGAACUGAACGUGCGAGAUAAAUGGGACAGCACCCCGUUGUACUAUGCUUGUCUUUGCGGCCAUGAGGAGUUGGUGCAGUACCUGCUGGCCAAUGGAGCUAAGUGCGAGGCCAACACGUUCGAUGGGGAGCGAUGCCUGUAUGGUGCUCUGAGCGACCCGAUCCGUCGUCUGCUCAGGGAGUAUAAGCGCAUAACGGCCAAGGCCAUGCAGCGGGACUACUAUGACCAAUUCCUGCAAAGGUUGCUGGAACAGGGAUACUCCAGUGAUGUGGUGUUCUUGGUUCAUGGCGAGUCUUUCAGCACCCAUCGCUGCGUUCUCAGUGCUCGCUCGGAGUACUUCAUGGAGAUGUUUGAAACCAAGUGGAAGGGCAAGAACAUCAUUGCAUUGAAACACCCGCUGAUCAAUCCUGCAGCCUUCGGUUCAAUCCUGCAGUACUUCUACACGGGUCGACUGGACAUUGAUGUAAGCUAUGUGGAAGACUGUAAGCGGCUUGCCAAGCAAUGCAAGAUCAGUGACCUUAUUGAGGAGCUGGAGAGCAAGUGCAAGCAGGCGUAUGAGUUUGUGUCUUCCAAGCCUGGGACAUGUGUGAAGGUCCUCAGUCUGGAGCCUGAGAACAACUGCCAACUGCAGGAGGACUUGGCCAUACUGGCAGACUGUGCUCUACCUGCUGAACUGAGGGUCGGGUAUGGUGAGCUCCCUUUCGACAGAACCGAUAACUUCACUAGUUACCCUGAUAUUUGUUUCCGUGUGGAGAACUACGACUUUCUGUGUCAUAAGGCAUUUUUCUGCGGGCGCAGCGAUUAUUUCCGGGCCCUGUUGGAGGACCACUUCAGUGAGGGGGAGACUUUGCAGUCCCAGCCCAGUACCCCGGUGCUCACGCUGCACAAUCUGUCUCCAGACAUCUUUGUCCGACUGCUGUACUACAUCUAUAGCGAUGACACGGAGCUGUCCCAAGAAAACGUGUACGACGUGCUUUGCGUGGCCGACAUGUACCUGCUGCCAGGCCUCAAGCGGCUGUGUGGGAAGCUGCUGGCGCAGACGCUCAAUGAGGAUAACGUGCUCCACAUCUGGAGGACGGCUAAGCUUUUUCGCCUUUCGCGUCUAGAGGACCAGUGCACAGAGUACAUGGCCAAAAUUAUUGAGAAGUUGGUGGAGGUGCAGGAGUUUGCUGACAUGAUUAAGGAGGAUGCCAGGGCAGUGGAGGCCCGGCAGGAGACGGACUCCAUUCCGCUGGUGGAUGACAUCCGCUUUCACAUCACCAGCAAUGUGCAGACCUACAGCGCCAUCGAAGAGGCCAACCAGAAACUAGAGGCCCUCGAGCAGCUGCUGGCCAGCAUUGGCCUGGAGUGCUAAGGGACUGUGGGCCCUGGCAUUGGCUGAUGAGGCCUGGGGUGGCAUGGGUUAGCAGGAGAGCAGUUGGGGCUGAGCAUGUCCUGUCUCUUCAAUCCAGUUAUUGGCUCGGAAAUGGUGUGUGGUGGCCAGCGGGGACCUUAUGAUUUGAUCUCGUCCUUCGGGCAGGUCAAACAGGCGAGAUGUUCCAGUGAUCACUCAGGAACAUGUUCCAGGUUGGGCAGAAAGUUUGUGCAGAGAUGUAGAGAAGUGGAGCAUUCAUUUGUUAAGCUUUAGGGGAUGUUUUGCAUAAAGAAGUGACAAAGUUUUUUUUUUUUUUUUUGGCUAAGGAAUGUGGGACUGUGCAUGUUUGGUUUAUUUACCAUGAAGAACAGAAACAGAAAAAUGCAGUUUUGUGCAAAGCUCAACAAUUGUUUAGCAACAUGCUUUCUACAUCCCUUGUGUGGUUUUGGUGACCUCAAAUUGGCCAGAGCUUUUUUUAAGCAAUUUCAUACAUUAACAGUGUGAUAUAAGUCCAUCAGCUAGCAAAUGGCACUGAAGGACAGCUGCUAAAGAAUAACAGGAUCCGUUUCUUAGUUUGAGUCAGGCCAUCCACCUGUAUAUUUUAUUUAUUAAAAAAAAAAAAGUAUUUUAGAUCAUGCAUGCAUACAUACAUGCGGUCAUAAUGGUAUUGUAUGUAUGUAUGUAUUUGCAUUUCUUGCUUUGCAGUUUAACCAUGCUCAACACUCUUGGAUUAUAAGGAAUUAUACAAAAAUCUUGAGUAUCACAUAUUACAGGUUUUUUUUUUUUUU